AUGAUAUCACUUUCCUGGGAAGAAAGGGGCAUACGUAUUGAUGGAAGAUUUCUCUCGAACCUUCGUUUCGUGGACGACAUCGUUCUCUUUUCGAGCAGUACCAAUGAAGCAGAAACGAUGCUCAACGGAUUUAACGAAGCAGGGAAGAGAAUAGGAGUGCGAAUAAACAGAAGGAAGACAGAGUUCAUGAAGAACGCCUACUGCGAGGACGGAAGACUACAACUUGAAAGCUCCCAAAUCGUGGAAACUUCGUCAUACGUAUACCUCGGACGUUCUAUGAACAUGGAAAACGAUUUGAAGGAAGAACUGAAUAGAAGAAUGAGAGCAGCAUGGGCAGCAUUCGCAGCCGUCAGGGCAGCUACGGACCAACUGACGAACCAAGAUCUUCGUGCCCAUCUGUUCGACUCGACAUUUCUUCCAGCGCUCUGUUACGCAGCGGAGACGUGGACAGACACCGCGGCUACGCCUAGAAAGCUACUUACUUGGAGAGAUGUCUUCUGA